UCUCUCUCUCUCUCUCUCUCUCUCUCUCUCUCUCUCUCUCUCUCUCUCUCUCUCUCUCUCUCUCAAUGGAAGAAGAAACCCGAGCAAGAUGGGAAGGCAAGGUCAUUGCUGAGCUGAAAGGGCCAACACCAGACCAGGUGUGGCCACUCUUGGCGGACUUUUGCAACCUCCACAAGUGGCUUCCCACACUCGACACGUGCUACCGAGUCGAGGGUGUCCCGGGCCAGCCUGGCCUAGUCCGGUACGCUGCUGGCACCGCGAAUGGCAAAGGCUCAGACCCACCCAAGCUGAAGUGGGUCAAUGAGCGGCUCCUCAUGACGGACCCUAGUGACAAGUGCUUCAGCUAUGAGGUCCUGGACAACAAUCUUGGGUUCAAGUCCUAUGUUGCCACAAUUAGAGUGAUGCCCAUAAAUGAUGGCGGGGAUGGUAAGAUGGUUGGGUGCACGAUUGAGUUGUCCUUUGUGUCUGAUCCAGUUGACGGUUGGGGGCUCCAAGAUAUGAGGUCUUUCCUUGAUUUUCGCCUCCAAGCUGUGGCCAAGAACAUAGGAAGUGCAAUUCAAGAAGCUAGUGAGUGAAGUGAGAAAAACGUGACUCCAAGUUGAUUGACUAU